AUGGCUCUCGAUUAUCUUCGACAAGCGGUGUAUGGUAAGAAUAUCAAUUCGGAAUAUGUUUCGGGACAUGGAUCAGCGCCAAAACCAGUCAAAGAAGAUGAAUGGAAAUCAUUCGACAAGCAAUUCUUUGGUGACAUGUCAGGUGGAUUUACUCUCGUCGAAACAUCUGCUGAAGACAUGGCGAAAAUCGAAGAACUUCUCGAAGUGAAGCCAGGUUUUUUCACAUCACCUUAUGUGAUCAAAACAAAGAAGGAAUGUUGUGAGAAAUGUGGUCGUCGUAACAAUUUCUUAGACGUUGUUACCACCGGACUUCGUGUGCACAAGCCAGCUUUCUUGAUUGAUGUUUUCAGUGGUAAAUUCGGCCACAUUCUCAAUUCACAGGAGCAUCAAGUAUGCGUUUGCUAUGGCUGUGGUACUCAAUUACCUGUCGAUGCAGCGAAAUAUUCGGCACCCAAACCUUGUACUGGUUCGCAAAAACCACGUGCUUGCUACCGCUGGAAUUUUUGA